AUUAAGCAUCUGAGAAGCACGCCUGCAUCUCCUUCACCUCUCAUUUGAGAAGAAAGCCGAGCGGCCGUAUCAUGAUCGAGAGUGAACGAGAGCUGUCGGCCAUGGUGCAGGAACUAUGGGACAAUGAUGUCAACAGACUACGACCCGGGAAGGACUACAGGAUCUCCCUGCAGGGCAAAGCUGGAGACAACAUGGCCAUCAACGACGACAACAACGACGGCGCAGGAUAUCCUCUGUUUAAAUUUGUCGACGAGAAUAUUUUCCAAAAGGAGACUUUUUUAGCCUUUAUCUCCUUGUUGGAUAACUAUGAGAGUGACACUGGAGAGCCAGAAAUUGUGACUCCAGAGGAGGUGGCAGAGAACCACAAAUUCCUGGACUCCAUUGUUCAGACUCCCACCAUGAAGAUAGCUCAUAAAUACCUUGUAGAGAAGAAGCUUUCUCCGCAAGAUAUGACACAGUUUAAGGAGCAGCUCUACAGGAUCUGGUUUGAACUCUACGCAAGGAGAGGAUCCAGCAGGCCGGACUCCUCAGGUUUUGAACACGUCUUUGUUGGAGAAACCAGAGGAGGAAGGACGGUUAUCGGCUUUCACAACUGGAUCCAGCUCUACCUGCAAGAGAAGCUGGGACACAUCGACUACAAAGGAUAUAGCGUCAAUGCAAACUCACCGCAGCCCGAUGAGAACAAGCACAUUUUGGCUCUGCAGUUCAGCUGGAAGAACGGCAUCAAGCCCAAGGGCAGCAUCUUCAUCGGUGUCAGUCCAGAGUUUGAGUUCGCCCUGUACACUCUGUGUUUCCUCACCUCGCCCAACGAGCGUGUAAAAGUCCAGUUCAGUUUCUAUGACGUGGAGAUCGUCUGCCACCACUACAACCAGAAGCACAUAGGGACGACUUACCCUGUGCUCCUUAAGUACCAGAACAACACUUAGGAUGUCGGUUUAUAGCCUGAGCUUGCAUGCAAAAGAUGUACAGGUACUGUUGUUGUCUUUUUAUUUUACAUGAAGAUGCAAUAAAACCU